UUUUGUUCUUUUUGGCCGGAAGUUCAUGCAAACGAUUAAUAGAUGGAGGAUGACAAAAACUUAUGAUGUGAUGACAAAAGAUUUCUUCUCGUCCCUGACUUCUGACGUAAAACAAAAGCGAGAAAGGGACAUCCAACGAGAGAAGAUGGAAUUUUAAUUUUCGCUCCUAUCUUUCCCUGUCUUUUAUCCUCUGUCUCCAAAAAUCAUGGCUGCGUCUUCCUCGCUAACGGUACUCGGUAUUUCGUUUUAUCUAUCAUUUUUUGCCGCACACGCAUUGCAACUACCCUUUCAUCCACAUGAUUUUCUACCCUUGUUGCCGAGGCAAGUUUCGUGGCCAAUUCUUAAUUAUCUCAACAGUGCCGUUGACCUUUUGCCAACGUUUGUGGGAGCUACCUCGUCUCCAAAUGGCACCGUCGAGUGGAAGGGUGCCUGCUUUUACAAGAACAAGGCUUGGAUGGAGUUCCACAACAAGACUGGCAAUGAAUUUGGGGGUGGCACCCUUCAUAUUGAGGUUAGCGAGGCUCAUAGCUGGACAUGUAUGGAUAUUUAUGUCUUUGUAACUCCGUACCGUGUUACAUGGGAUUAUUAUUUUCUUUCUCGGGAGCAUACACUGGAGUUUAAAGAGUGGGAAGGGAAAGCUGAGUAUGAAUAUGUGAAAAACAGGGGAAUUUCUAUUUUCCUCAUGCAAGCAGGGAUGCUCGGAACCCUUCAAGCAUUGUGGGAUGUCUUCCCACUUUUUACAAAUACUGGAUGGGGAGAGAAUUCCAAUAUUGCAUUCCUUGAGAAGCGCAUGGGGGCUACCUUUGAACAGCGUCCUCAGCCCUGGGUUACCAACAUCAGUGCUGAUGAUAUUCACACAGGAGAUUUGCUUGCAAUAUCAAAAAUUCGUGGGAGGUGGGGUGGUUUUGAGACUUUGGAAAAGUGGGUUAGUGGAGCUUAUGCAGGUCAUACUGCUGUUUGCUUAAGGGAUUCUGAAGGAAAAUUGUGGGUUGGUGAAUCAGGGAAUGAAAAUGAACAGGGAGAAGAUAUUAUCGCUGUGUUACCAUGGGACGAAUGGUGGGAAUUUGAGCUCACUAAGGAUGACUCUAAUCCACAUAUUGCGUUGCUUCCUUUGCAUCCUGAUGUGCGGGCCAAGUUUAAUGAGACUGCUGCCUGGGAGUAUGCAUUAAGCAUGAAUGGCAAACCUUAUGGAUACCAUAACAUGAUAUUUAGCUGGAUAGACACUAUAGACGGGAACUAUCCACCCCCCUUGGAUGCACACCUGGUUGCAUCUGUUAUGACAGUUUGGAAUCAAAUACAACCUGCAUAUGCUGCCAACAUGUGGAAUGAAGCCUUGAACAAGCGACUUGGAACUGAGGGUCUUGAUCUUCCUGAUAUCUUAAUAGAGACUGAAAAGCGUGGAUCAUCCUUCGGUGAAUUGUUGACAAUUCCUGAACAGGAUGAUUGGCUGUACACUGAUGGGAAGUCGACUUCAUGCAUUGCUUUCAUUCUGGAAAUGUACAAGGAAGCUGGACUAUUUGAUCCAAUUGCUAGUUCUGUACAAGUGACUGAGUUUACGAUUAAAGAUGCCUACACACUCAGGUUUUUCGAAAACAACUCGAGUCGCCUUCCGAAGUGGUGCAAUGAUGGAGACGAUGUGAAGCUCCCCUAUUGUCAGAUUCGUGGCAAGUAUAGAAUGGAGCUACCAGGAUACAACACCAUGGAUCCUUAUCCCCAUAUGAAUGAAAGAUGUCCAUCACUCCCCCCAAAAUACUAUAGACCACAGAAUUGCUAAACAACUUCAAUUUCUUCUAUACCAUGGGCGAUUUGGAGGUUCAUGCAAUGUACUUUCUCUUGAUACAACAAUAUGGAAGCUGCUUAAAGGAGAGAUUGGCAUGUUGGUUGUAGAUAUCGGGGAAUGCUGCUGUAAAAUUUUAGAUCUUUAGAUAUUAAAUGUACAGAUUAGAGAGCUUGUCAGUGUAUACAGAAUGUUAGAAUGUUUUAUUUACAGAUUGAGCAAAGUUUGAUUAUAGCUGAAUGGAGUUGAUUCAAUUUGAUUUUAUAUUUUA